UGUGGCGACUCCUAACGGGAGAAGCUGAAAGAAGAUGAUUUUGUGUUUUAGGCUGCAAAAAACCUUAACAGUACCUACUUAUGUGAGCAGAUUUCCAGUUUCAUGAACAAAUGUAAGCUGUGAAGUAAACUUUUACAUAAUUUUUUACAUAAUACACAUAAACACACACGCAUACAAAUAUAUAUUUAUAUGUGUGUGUGUGUAAGCCUACACUUAAUUCUUUAUUCAAUACUUUAUUCAUUACAUUAAUGAAUAAAGUAAUUAGUGUAAUUCAUAACAAGUAAUUUGAGUAAUGAAUAAAGUAUUAUGAAAUCAUAAAUGAGGGGACUUGGCAACUUUUGGACAAUUUUUUUUUUAUAAUACAGUUUGGUGAAAUGCAACAAUAUUUUUCAACCCGCGACCCUCAAUCAAGUUUGAUUUUGGCCUUUCACAGUUUAAAGUUCCAUAGCUUCAAAGUUUUGGCACCCCCGCUGGAUUACUGAAGUUUACAGCUUUCCUGUCUCGGUGAAGGUGAAAGUGGGCGGGACUUCCGACAUGUAGCGACAUCCGGAAGUAAACCGACGAAUGUGUCGUCAACGAACCGAGAAGCAGCUCUUAUAGUCUGAAAAUUAAAAACAAGAAAAAAAGAAAGAGAGAAUAGGAAAAGCAAACAAUCUUCUGAGAGGUCAACUAGAGAAUGUUGGUUUACAGUAUAUUCUAAAUAUUUCGUUCACUUUUUUCCACCUUCAGUGAGAGAAAUGGAGCAGAAUGGGGUGCGACUGGACUCAUCAUUCACCUUUAUGUCCUUGGAUUUUGGCCUGAAAAUCACCAGCUCAUCAAAGGACCAAUGAAAAAAAAUGUGCUUCUUUGCCUUCCACCUUCAUCACAGCACCACUUUUUCUGAUUUCUAUCAGACGAUUCACUGAUCCUCCUAGCCAAACAUUUAACAAUAUUUAUGUAUAUUAUAUUCAGGAUAUUUAACAUCCUGCCUUAUGCUUUGGUUAGUAAGAAGUUGCACCUCUACGACACCCUGUUUAUCAUAUCAUUCACUUUCCUGACACACAAAGGUCCACUCUAGCCAUGUGGCGCAAGAAAGGUUCUUUAAUUAUAUGUGGCACUUUGUUGUUCAUUGCCUGGAAUGCCCUUCUUAUAUUUGUUCUCUUGGGACGAACUCCUGUUAACGAAGAAGGCAUAUCAUUUUCAUCGGAACAAAAUGCACAAAGCAGCAAUGUCAUAGAGAACUUGCUUCAGUUAAUCGGUGCUUUCGAAACGGAGCUCGAAUCCCAGAACAAAAUCCUUCUCCAAAUCCAGAGCCACAAGUCACUGUGGGAGGAACUUAAAAAAAACAGCACGGCUUUCAGAAGUAGAUUAGAUAGCAAGAAUUUUACAGAUGUGAGCAGUAAACAGCUGUCCUCCCGUGUGGUUAUUCCCAUCUUGGUCAUGGCGUGUAACCGAGUCACGGUAACACGGUGCCUGGACAAACUCAUUAAGUACCGGCCAUCACCUGAACUUUUCCCCAUUAUUGUGAGCCAGGACUGUGGACAUACGCAGACCGCUGACGUUAUCGCCUCAUACGGCAGUAAGCUUACUCACAUUAAACAGCCUGAUUUAUCGGAGAUCCCAGUGUCUGCAGGACAUAUUAAGUUCCAGGGUUACUACAAAAUCUCAAGACACUAUCGUUGGGCUUUAAACCAGGUGUUUAACACCUUCUCCUACUCUGCUGCCAUCAUCGUGGAGGACGAUUUGGAGGUGGCCCCAGACUUCUUUGAGUACUUUAAAGCCCUACACUCUUUACUGAAAUCCGAUCCAACCCUGUGGUGCGUGUCUGCCUGGAAUGACAACGGCAGGGAAGGAUAUGUCGAUCCCUCAAAAUCGAGCCUCUUAUAUAGGACAGACUUUUUCCCUGGGCUUGGUUGGAUGCUGCUGAAAGAGGUCUGGCUCGAGCUUGAGCCAAAGUGGCCAGCCUCAUUUUGGGACGACUGGAUGCGGCAUCCCGAUCAGCGCAAAGACAGAUCGUGCAUUCGUCCAGAAAUUUCUAGAACUUUGACAUUUGGCCGCAAGGGCGUGAGUUUGGGUCAGUUCUAUGACAAGUAUCUCCGCUUCAUCAAACUCAACACAGAUUUUGUGCCUUUUACAGAGAAAGAUUUGUCUUAUUUAGAGCAGAGUAAAUAUGAUCAGGCUUUUGAGAAGGAGGUUUACAGCUCUCCUGCCGUGGCAGUAGAGGACCUGAAAAACGGGAAGCUGUCUGGGCCUGGCCCGUUUCGGCUGCAGUAUUCUAGUGCACAGAGUUUUAAAAUGCUAGCACAGAGUUUUGGAAUCAUGGAUGACUUGAAGUCUGGAGUGCCAAGAGCUGGGUAUCGAGGUGUUGUCAGCUUUUUUUCACAAGGAAAACGGAUUUAUGUAGCGCCACCUGUUGGCUGGACAAAGUAUGAUCCAAGCUGGAGUUGAAAAAAUCUGAAGUAGGGUGGGGGAUCUGUGGUCAGUACGAAUCAUAUUGUACAUAUUAUGGUGCAAAUGUGUUUGGCAUCUAUUCACAUUUUUGGCCUAUAUUUGGAAAUGUUCACUGUGCAGCACAUAAUCGAGAAACCUCAAAAUAAGCAGCAGAAUUGGAGAAAUUAGGUUAAAAAUGACACGUGACCAAAGAGCACAUUUUAGAGUAGUUGAUUUUCCUAUCUCAGGUCAAUGCUAAUUUUUUUUUUUAUCGAAGAAAGACGAAUAUAUACCUUCAGUGUUUAAUAUAUUGAUUUUUUUUGGGGAUUGUCACACCAAGUUGCCAUCGAAAUUAACUAUACUGAUCUUUAUUUUUUAAUAUCAGAGUCUUAAUGCGACUAUUCUUUAUUCACCAGUCACUUUGCAAACUGAAGUUUUAAGUGCCUUAAAAACUUUGAUAGCUUUGUUAAAAAUUAUAUGUAAAAGUGGUGUUUAAACGGUGGCGGAUUUAUUGUCUUGUUUUCGGGUAAAAUGUGUAGCAUUUUAAUCUGUUUGUUAGAGAACACUGACUAAUAGAUUUGAUCACAGACUUGUGUUAUACUGCAAAUUUGGGGAUUUAAUAUGUAGGGAAAAAUAAAGAAAACACGGUUCAAACUUUUAACUGAUGGUCUCUGUAUAUCUGUGUAUCGUCAUAUAUAUGCACAAUAGUAUCAGGAUGCACUUUUUAUUGAUUAAAUUCAUAUGCUUCAAUCAGAUGUAUAAAUCCAAGCACAUAGCCAUGCAA